CAGCACCAGCAGCUGCCCGACGAGCAGCACUCUCCACCAGUGAAGAAGACGAAGACGUUGCAGCACGAGGGAAGAAUAGCGGGCACAGGAAUGACGGAGCAGCGACAGCUCCAAGAGAGAACGGACGUUACGACUGGAACAGCAACACAUCUUGAUUUUAUACGAGAGGUACAGCCUAGCACAAGCGGCGGGAAGAGAGCAGGGGAUGAAGCGGAUUCAGGUGGAGCGUCGGUAGCAAGAUUGCUGCCUACGUGGUUUCAAGAACUGCUAGCUGCUGCCGCGCCCAAUGCAGUACCACCCCUCGUGCAGCACUUCUGUCACCAUGGGCUCACGCAGCGCAUGAUGCGGGCUGCGCAGCAUAAAAACGAAGAAGCGGAGACGGACCGUUUCGAAGAAUCAAAAUUACAGCAGCCACAUAAACGAAGAAAACUGCUUGUACUGCAUCGAGGACAGGCGCCCGUCGGGGCAGCAUCUUCUGACAUCCGGGCAGUGGUCACACCGGACGGAUGGGAACGUAGAAAGAGAGGUUUCAAGGCCGAGGUUGCUGCGGUCUUACAGUGGAGCAGGGCGUGUGUUCUAUCUCUGGAUGACAGCGCCUUCUGCGUGCGUCUCUGCAAUGCUGCACGGUUAACUGUAUGUAUAGAAAUGUGUGACUUCAUCAUCAACACUCUUUGGAGAUGUGUUGCGCGCUGCCGAGUGUAUGCUGCAGCAGUGUGGGGAGGGGCAGCAGCUGGUUGGCCGGCGUACGUCCUGCGAGCUUUGCUGCAGCAAAGCCGAGACGUGUACAUCUGCGUACUAGCAGCGUUCGAAAAGUGUGGACUGCAAGAACACCUAGUCUUGCAGGAGGAGAAAGGCGGCCGUGGUAGACGGCUGCAACAGCAGGAACAAGUGCUCCGCCGGCAUGUAUUGCAACACCUCACUAACGCUUGUCAUCAGCAAGUAAGAUGGUGGGUUGACUACUGGAGGUUUUCGCGCUUCUUCGAAGAGGCUGCAGGUAUGCUGCAUGUGCAGCAGGGAAACUGUUCUUUUUUCUUACACAGCAGACCCCGACCUUUGGCGAAGGCCGAGGUAAAGAAGUACAGUUCCGCUAGUGACUCCGCUGGUGCGACUCCUGUUGUUGAGAAGAGGGAAGAAAUAGAGCGACGGGCAGAGAAAGCCCUGGCGACGGGUCUGCUGCGCUUGCUGCGUUCCGAGAGGGCCCUGGCCGCUGAAGUAGCAGCACCCUGCGCGCCGCAGCAGCACUAUUCGGGGGGCUGCACCUCUUGUGGGCCUAACAGGUUGUGGUGCUCGUACGCCACCGCAGCACAUGCUACAGGCGAUAGCACUGCUGCAUCCAGUUCCCCGCGUGGCUUGCUCAGUGAGUACGACUUGUGUUUGAUCACAGGUGUAGUCGUCGGUCCGGAUGGUGAUGCUCUCUUCGGCUGCAGCGCAGCGCAAAAGCAUGUAAAUACUCUGUCGCAGCAGCUGCAGCAGAGGCUCGAAAAAAGGUACGCCGUGCCUAGAAGCAACACUCUCGCUCGCAGCGCUAGUCUCUAUGCAUCUGCCGACAUACGGCGACCUAACAACUGUCGGAGCGUAAUAACGCUGCGUUGCACCUCCCGUGUGAAUAGAGAUGCACGCGUGAGGAACGAAAGGUCCUACCUGUGCGGCUACGUACGCUUUCGCAGCUGGCCCGUCGACAAAUCUAUGACACACGGAAUCGUCAGUGGCAGGCGACUUCCAGCGUGCGGCCGACAAGUAUCGCUGUGGGGUAGCGUGGCAAUAGAGAGCGGUACUUCUGCACGACAAGCGCUGGUGUGCAGUGUUCUGUGA